AUUGAAAGCUAUCUGUGAGGUUGUUCCUUGAAAACCUUAUGUUCCUAAGAACAAAAUAAAACUUAGUGGCUGGACUUUUAAGAAGAUUAUGAUGUUUCUUGUGUUUGUGAUGUUUCUCCAAGCCUCUCAGUAUUUGUUGGCCACAGGAGCAGAUGUUUUUGAGGGGGCAGAAUCAGUUGUGCUACCGUGCCAGUACUCUGGUCUAAUACCAGAGAUAAACCCCAGAGUGAUUUGGAGCCGCUAUGAUCUCAAACCCAAAACUAUUCAUUUGCGGAGAGAAGAUGAUGAUCUUCGUGGACAAAAUCAACGUUUCAGUGGGCGAACAUCAAUGAAAUCUGAUGCUUUAGACUCUGGUGACUUCAGCCUCAUCCUGAGAAAACCUCAUCUCUCUGACAGUGGUAGCUACACAUGCAGCAUCAGUGACGACAGCGAAGAAAUAAGACUGACAGAGGUACAACUGCAGGUCAAAGUUCAACAGGAGGAGGUAAAGGUGAAAGAGGGAGUGGAGUCUGCAAUACUACCCUGUAAAACAACAGCUGAUUUGGAGGAGGACACCAUGGUGGAGUGGAUUCGCUCUGAGCCAGAAUUCAUGAUUGUCUAUGUCUAUCAGAAUGGCAGCAACAAAGUUAAAGAGCAAGACAAGGUUUACUGUGAACGUACAAGAAUGAGUAAAGAGCUAGUAAAACGCGGAGACCUGAGUCUGACCCUCAGAUACCCAACUGAGAGAGACAGUGGAGUCUACAUCUGCACCAUCUACAGGAAAAGUGACAUUGUCAGGCAGAAGGUAGUACUUCAAUAUAUCAAAGAAAAAUUUACGUCGUGGGCUAAAGGUUUCCUGGUUCUUCUGGUCCUUAAUCUUGUUUUUGGAGGCCUUUUAUUUCUCUUCCGGCAAUAUCUCCAGUCAGUCUACAAGGUGGAGGUGGAUUCGGGAGUGGAGUUUGUUAAGCUGCCCUGUAAAAAGAUAGUCCGUCUGCCUGAACACGUAACAGUUACAUGGAGAAACAACACCAGACGGAUAGUCCAUAUGUAUCAGGAUGGUGCCAAAAAGCUUGAAGAACAACACAGGCAGUACAAAGACCGAACAGAGAUGAAGGAACAAUUUAAAUUUGGAGACUUCAGUUUAAUCCUGAAGAACCCCACUGACAGAGAUACAGACACCUACACCUGCACCGUCAGCAACAGAUGGGGACAAAUCCUGAUUAAGAAACAAGUGCUGCUGUAUGUUAGAGCUGGAGCUGACUCUUUUAUCAUAGCCAUAGACUUUGGUUCAGGAUACAGUGGCUACGCCUUCAAUGUCAGACCCAGAGAGAAAGGAGUUGAGACCCAGUUAAAGAGAUGGGGUCAUGAACUUGGACUGGACACCCCAAAGACUCCAACCUGCAUCCUGUUGGAUGAAUAUGGAAAAUUCCUGAAGUUUGGUUAUGAAGCUAAAACAGCGUACAGCAAGAUGAAAAGAGAAGAAGCUGAGAAACAUUAUUUAUUUGAAGACUUCAAGAUGGCUCUUGAUUGCACAGACCUCAGGAAUCAGACAAUUAAAGCAGCUGAUGACAAAUCAAUUAAGGCCUCGAAGGUGUUUAUAGAAGUUCUGAGAUUCCUGAAGGAUGAUGCUUUGGAAACCAUCAAAGGCCAUGCAACAGGUGGAGAGUUCACAGCCUCUGACUUCACAUGGGUGUUGACUGUUCCUGCCGUCUGGGGUCAUCCAGCUAAACAGUUCAUGAAAAAGUGUGCUGCCCAGGCUGGUCUUGUUACAGAAGACACUAAAGGCAAACUGAUGUUGGUUCUGGAACCAGAAGCAGCUUUGACCUGGUGUUUGAAGCUUCCAUCAGAUGGUUUCUUCACACAGAACCACACCAGAGACUCACAGGAUCCAUCUCCAGAUCCACCCGGAAGACAGAUGGCAGAAGAUAUUGUACUGGAACCAGAAGAAACUAAAGACCUGCUGAAGAACCAUCACAGAAACAGAAAGCGUUACAUUGUUGUUGACUGUGGAGAUGAGACUACUGACAUCACUGUUUACAAAGUCCUUGAGGGAGGAGCCAUGAAGAAGCUGCAGGAGGCCCCUGAAAACAAUCUGGGAGGACGAACUGUGGACAGAAAGUUCAAACAGUUCCUGAGAGAAAUUUUCUCUGAUGGAGUCUGGAAAGAAAAUGAAGAAAACUUCCCCAGUGAGGUUCAGAAAAUGAUGUAUGAUUUUAUCCGUCUCAAACAGGUGGAUGAAGAUGUUCAGAUCAGCUGCCCAUAUAACUUGGGAAUGUUGGCUCAGAAAAAGAAAGAGAUUGAAACGUUCUUUGACUCGGUGGAAGGAGCUUCCUGGGAUGAAGGAGUCAUCAGAAUCUCCAGAGAGAAACUGAGAUCUUUCUUUGAUGAGAGUCUGCAGGACAUCACCAAGAGUCUCAGAGAAGAAUUACAUAAAGAUCUCAACAUUGGGUCUAUUGUGUUAGUGGGGGGCUUUGCUGAGAGCCAGAUACUACGUCAGCACAUCACUGAUCAGUUUGGACCUCAGUAUAGAGUUCUGUGUCCUCUUAGACCCCAGGAAGCCAUCCUGAAAGGAGCUGUAGAGCUGGGAAGAAACCCAAAGUUGGUGUCGUCUCAGAAAAAAGGUCCAGCUUGCUUGAAUUGUUUUUUGUGAGAACUUAAAAAAGAUAAAAUCUUGCUUUUUUUGCUGUGAUCACGUGUUUUUGGGAACAGUCUUCAUAGCUUGGGGAGGAAGUGUGAGGAAGAUUUGUUUGUCAACUUCUUCAUUAACACACCAAAUUAUCACUAAUCAUUAUAGAUAAUGUCAUUUGAUUUAAUCAAAUGAUUGAAAUAAAAGGAGGUUAUAAAAAGGGUCAUUGUGUAGAUCACCAGGUUUUUGUACUACAGACCUAAUAUUUUCCUCUGAAGAAAUGUUGCAGAUAUUUUAGGUAAAGUAGAUUCUUAUAAAAAUGUCAGAUUCUGAACAUGUAUCAGCAUUUAGUGGUAAAACAUUUUGUUUUGCCUAAAGAUAGUCCUUAGACUACUCUACAAAAAACAAUUAGUUCCUGUGGCUUAGUAGGAAGAGUAGUCGUCAUGCAAUCAGAAGGUUGUGGGUUUGAUUCCAGCUUCCUCCUGCCAUAUGUUGAUGUGCGCCUGGGCAAGGCAUUUAACCUCACGUUGCCUACCGAUCUGUGUAUCGGUGUAUGAAUGUGUUAGUGAGUGCGAUUGGGUGAAUGUGGCUCUAGUGUAAAGUGCUUUGAGCGGUCUGUAUGACUGGAAAAGCGUUAUAUAAGUUCAGUCCAUUUAGUACUUUAUGUUACGUUAGGAUUGAAUCUGUGUGAAUCUUCCUAAACACGAUGUAAAACACUGGUUGAAAUAUAGGAUUUGUAGAUAUUUGUUUUAAUUAUUCAAUCACUUUAACAGUUAAAAAAAAUGUGUUGAUAAAAUAAUUCAAGAGGGAGGAGGUGAAAAGGGAAUGUCUUGUUUUUGUCUUGUUUCUCAGCUACUUUUACACUGAUUAAUUAGCACAGUAUUCUGGAUCUUGUUUCAGCACGUUUUGUUUCAUUAAAUAUUUUUAUUUAUGCAUCAA